AACUCGUGAAAUUUUUGUCUUGUUCACCUCUUGUAACCUAAUAGUUGUAUUGUAUCAACGCCCUUAUAAGCUUGCAAGCCAGAGCCAGACAUUUUGGUUGCGUUGACGCCGCACGUGUCACGUGCACCAAAAGAGGUGUCCGGCUAAAAUCUCUCACAUUUACUCCGUACAAGCCAGCCAACACAACUGGACCUUCCACUAUUUUCAGUUCGCGUCCAAUUUCGCCUCCAAAUUACUCCCCCGACCCCGAGUCCCCGACCGAAAUACAGACCGUCAGAUCGAGGCAUCCUAUGUCCCUGAAAUUCUGGAUGGCAACCAGCCCUCUUGUCCGGCAAUGCCUCGUCCUCCUCCGCUCCAAGAACACCUCGACCCUGCUCCCUCCCGCCAUCGCGGCCCAGCUUCACGCGCUCCUCCUCACGUCCGGUCACCACCACGACAGUCUUCGUCUCCUCUUUCGUUCUUACUGCGCCUGCGGCCGCCCCUUCGAUGCCCACAACCUGCUCGCUCAAAUGCCCCAGCCGCCCCCCGUUUCCUUCUCCAACACCCUCCUCCGCUCCUACACCGACCUCGGCUUCCACCGAGAGGCCCUCGUUCUCUACUCCCGGAUGCGCGACUUCGACCACCUCACCUUCCCCUUCGCCGCCAAGGCCUGCGGCGGCCUCCGCCUCCGCCGCCAUGGUCGCGCCGUGCACUGCCGCGCGCUCGCCGCUGGCUUCGGCGGCGACGCGUACCUGCAGAACGCGCUCGUUUCCAUGUACUCGAGGUUCAGAGAAGUGGCCGCGGCGGAGGCGGUGUUUGGCGCGAUGCGGAGCCGGACAGUCGUGUCGUGGAAUGCAGUCAUUGCCGGGUGUGUCAAGAACGGCCGCGCGGAGAGGGCGUUGGAGGUGUUCGAGAAGAUGGUUGGCGGUGGCGUCGGCAUUGAUUGCGCUACGGUUGUGUCAGUGCUGCCUGCUUGUGCGCAAGCCAAGGACUUGCGAACAGGGAGAGCUGUGCACCGGUUGGCUGAGGGGAGAGGCCUGGGGAACUAUGUUGCAGUGAAGAAUGCUUUGAUCGACAUGUACGGGAAGUGUGGAAGCUUGGAGGAUGCAAGAAGGGUGUUUGACGAGGACAAAUAUGGUAAGGAUGUUGUUUCUUGGACGGCGAUGAUCGGUGCAUACGUGCUGAGUGACCGUGCAGGUGAGGCCUUGACUGUUGGUUGUGAGAUGCUGAUGCGCAGUGAAGCACAGCCCAAUGCUGUGACCAUGGCACAUCUGCUCUCAGCUUGUGCCAGUUUGCCAUCUGGGAAGCAUGCCAAGUGCACACAUGCAUUGUGCAUUAGACUUGGGCUUCAAUCAGACAUUAUUGCUGAGACUGCACUUGUUGACAGUUAUGCAAAAUGUGGCCAUAUGAAGAUGAUAGAGAUUAUUGUCGAUAAAGGAUCGCGACGGACAGAAACUUGGAAUGCAGCAAUAUCUGGUUAUACUGACAGAAAAAGGGAAAAGAAAGCUAUAGAGCUGUUUAAGAGAAUGAUUGAAGAAUCAGUGCGCCCAGAUUCUGUAACAAUGACAAGCGUCCUCCCAGCCUAUGCAGAAUCCGCGGACCUGGUACAAGCGAAGAACAUCCACUGCUUCUUACUGACUCUGGGAUUUCUUGAGAGUGCACAGAUUGCCACCGGUUUGAUUGAUGUGUAUGCCAAAGUGGGUAAUUUGGACGUGACAUGGGAGCUCUUCAAGUGUUUACCUGAAAAGGACAUUGUUGCCUGGACUACUGUCAUUGCUGGAUACGGAAUGCACGGACAUGCUCGAACUGCCAUCCUGCUAUAUGAUAAGAUGGUAGAGUUGGGGGUGAAGCCGAACUACAUCACCAUGGCCUCAUUGCUGUACUCUUGUAGCCAUGCCGGUAUGAUAGAUGAAGGCCUUUGUCUCUUUGAUGGUAUGAGGAACGUCCAUGGCUUGAUGCCUAAUGCCGAGCACUACUCGUGCCUGGUUGACAUGCUUGGUCGUGCUGGGAGGAUCGAGGAGGCGUACCGCCUCAUUGAAGACAUGCCAUUCGAGCCGACUACCUCGGUUUGGGGUGCUCUGCUUGGUGCCUGUGUUCUACACGAGAAUGUUGAGUUUGGGGAGAUUGCGGCAAAGCAUUUGUUUGAGCUUGAACCGGAGAACACUGGGAACUAUGUGCUCCUUGGGAAGGUAUAUGCCACAGCUGACAGAUGGGGUGAUGUUCAGAAUCUACGGAGAAUGAUCGAGGAAAGGGGUCUUCGCAAAGAUCCAGGAUCUAGUGUGGUUGAUGCAAAGUCUUUGAACUGUGCUGAACCGUGAUAAAACAGUAAGUCUUAUACUUGUGACAGAUAGAGCGGUAUGAUUCUUUGAU